CUGGAAGUUCAAGCUCUGGGCUUGAAUAAUAUUCAGUCUGAACCCAACAUCUCCGUCUCAAGUUGACUUGGGAUACGUAGCAAAGUUGGGGUUCUCCAUUUUCUUUGUUCUUUUAAUGAAAUCCGCCAUUUUCCGAUUUUCAGGUCCGCUUCUAUUCCAAGUCACUUAACCUACAAUGGCCGACUACCGGUACACGUUCCCCAACAGACCAGCAACCAACCCCAAGGCCAUUGUCCAAGGGUCGCAUUACCGCUUCAGCGUUUUGACCGACCGGCUGCUCCGCUACGAAUGGUCCGAGGACGGCGGCUUUGAGGACCGCGUGUCCACGUUUGCGCUCUUCAGGUGGUUCGAUGCCCCGCACUACCGCGUGGUGGAAUCAAAGAACGCCCUGGAGAUCAUCACGGAUCAUUUCCAUCUCAAAUACGACAAGCGGGAGUUCUCUUCGUCGGGUCUCUCCGUCACAGUCGGCAAAGAUGUUUGGCACUACGACGGCAAGAGCUACGGCGACCUGGGCGGCACUGCCAGGACCUUGGAUGGCGCUUACGGCCGCGUGGACCUGGAACCAGGCGUUCUCUCGCGCAAGGCCUACGCCGUCCUCGACGACAGCAAGUCAAUGCUAUUCGAGGACGGUUGGAUCGCCACACGGCGACCUGGCCGCAUUGACGGCUAUGUCUUUGCUUACAAUGGGGACCACAAGGCGGCAAUCAGGGAUUUUUACCGCAUCUCCGGAAGCCAGCCCGUUCUCCCUCGCUGGACGCUUGGAAACUGGUGGUCACGAUACCAUGAAUACUCAGCCAGCGAGUAUCUCGAGCUCAUGGACCACUUCAAGCGCGAGGGCAUCCCACUCAAUGUUGGCGUGGUCGACAUGGACUGGCACAAGGUCAACCUCCCGCCGGGAUACGGCUCGGGAUGGACCGGGUACAGCUGGAACCGCGACCUCUUCCCAGACCCGGAGGGAUUCCUGAAGGAACUGCACAGACGGAAUCUCAAGGUGACCCUCAACGACCAUCCGGCCGACGGCAUUCGGGCCUUUGAGGAUCUGUACGAGGCGGUCGCCAAGGCUCUGAACCGUGAUCCCUCGAAAGGAGAGCCGAUCGACUUUGACUGCACCGACCGCAAGUUCCUUGACGCCUACUUUGACGUUCUCAAGCUGGCACUCGAGAAGCAGGGCGUCGACUUCUGGUGGAUCGACUGGCAGCAGGGCAACCGGACCAAGAUUCCCGGCGUGGACCCCCUCUGGGUGCUCAACCACUACCACUAUCUCACCAGCAAGCGCAGUCUCCAAACCCUGCAGCGGCCGUUGACCUUCUCCCGCUAUGCAGGCGCCGGCUCACACCGGUACCCGAUUGGCUUCUCGGGCGACCAGCAAACCACGUGGGAGGGCCUCGAGUUCCAACCCGAGUUCACCGCGACGGCCUCCAACAUUGGCUACGGUUGGUGGAGCCACGACAUUGGCGGGCACUGGGGCGGCGUCCGGUCCAACCAGCUCAACGUCCGCUGGGUGCAGCUCGGAUGCUUCUCCCCGAUCCUGCGGCUACACUCGAACAAGAGCCCCUGGAACUCCCGGGAGCCGUGGAACUACGAGAAGGAGGCAUCCAAGACCAUCAAGGACUUUCUCAUCCUCCGCCACCGCCUGAUCCCCUUUCUCUACACCAUGAACAUCCGCGCCAGCUACGAGAACGAGCCGCUGAUCCAGCCCAUGUACUGGAACCACAACGACGCCGCCGAGGCCUACACGGUCCCGACGCAGUACUACUUCGGGCCGGACCUCAUCGUCGCGCCCAUCACCUCCCCGACCAGCCCCACCACGCUGCUGGGCGGCGUGCGCGCCUGGCUGCCGCCGGGCCGCCGCUACGUCGACCUGCUGCACCCGCACCACCUCGUCUAUGACGGCGGCCGGUACAUGCACCUGCACCGCGACCUCUCGCACAUCCCCGUCCUCGCCCCGGAGGGCACCAUCCUCCCGCUCGACAGCUCCGCCAAGCUGGCCAACGGCUCCCCGCGGCCGACCGACAUCACUCUCCUCCUCGUCGUCGGCAAGGACGCGCACUUUGAGCUGGUCGAAGAGCCCGAACACGACCUCGACCUCUCGGGCGACGAGGAACGGCCCGCUCUCAGCUCCUACGUCCGCACGCCCAUUACAUGGAACCAGGCCGAGGGCCUGCUGACCAUCGGACCGGAGUGGAACAACGGCUCGGGCAGGGCAAAGUGGCGGCAGUGGCACGUCAAACUGGUGGGCCACACGGGCAGCGACGUGGCCGCGGCCGUGCCCGGGUUCCGCGUUACGCGCGACCCGGACGAGGGGUGCACCACGGUGGCGCUGGGAAAUGUGCACCGGUGGAGCCCGGAGGAGGGGUUCGAGAUUGCGCUCGGCAGGGACCUGCAGCUGGACGUGGUGGAUGUGGAGGCGAGGGUGUUUGAGGUGUUGCAUCGGUGUGAGAUGCUAUAUGAGCUCAAGGAUCCCGUGUGGGAUGCUGUGAGGGGUUCGUCCGAGGGGGAUGUCAAGGCGAGGGUGGAGAAGCUGCAUGGGUUGAAGGUGGAUGCAGCUCUGAAGAAUGCGGUUAUGGAGAUUUGGGCGGCGGAUGGACGAUCGAAAGGCAGCGCUAAGGGACAUGAGAUUUGGGCGGAUGCGAAGGGAGUUGCAGUCGAGAGUCUGGAGCAGGUGUUGAAGGAGUAUGUAAUUGUGUAAGCGUGCGUGCAAAGGGGUAUGUAUGACUUACUCGGUGGUUCUCGCUUUCGCCUUUGGUAGCUCAGAUUCCUGUGUAUUGGAAGUCGAUGGAUAUUGUAUACGCAAUGCUAUAGUACUUCUCAUUCCAU